AGUCUCAGAACUCCCCUGCCUCUUCAUCUCCUCCCUCUUCUUCUCGAAUUUUCACUCAUUCCGCCAUUAACAUCAUUCAAAUUAGCACCAGAGCAAUAAACCCAUCCUAAAAAAAAAAACCACUCACCCCAUCCACUUGCUUCUUUUGCCGGAACUCCAAAAAACUUCUCUUUGUGCACCCCACCUGCUCGAGCUAUUGCUCCAAUGGCCCUCGUCUCCUCCCUAGGACCCCAUUCUCUCUUCCCCUCUCAAAAGACUACCACCCAAUUCCAAUCUCCACCUCAAAAAGCUUCAUCUUUCGUACCCUUUUCAUCCACAGCCUCCAACCCCAGCCUCACCCACAAAAUCCCACGAAAUUUCACCCCAAAAGACCUCCUCCUCGCUCUCCGCCGCCAAAAAGACCCAAACUCCGCUCUCGAGCUCUUCGAUUGGGCUUCGAAGCAACCCAGCUUCGAGCCCGAUUCGUUGGUCGUCGAAGAAAUCCUGCGUCAGCUCGGAAAGGCUGGAGCUUUCGACCGAAUGAAGGGUCUCCUUCAAGAAGUGAAGCUCUCUCGGUCUAAGAUUGACGAUGGUAUUUUCCAAGUUCUCAUUGAAACCUUUUCAAAGUUUCAGUUAUACGACGAAGCUGUAGAUGUUGUUAUGUCUUUGAUGCAAGAGUUCGGGGUUGGACCUGAGACCCACAUAUACAACUUUUUGCUGAACGUUCUGGUUGAGGAAAGCAAGAUAAAACUAGUUGAAUCAGUGUACGCCUCAAUGACUGAGAGAGGAAUUGAACCUGAUGUUUCUACUUUCAACAUACUGAUCAAGGCUCUGUGCAAAGCCCAUCAGCUAAAACCCGCAGUUUCGAUGUUGGAAGAAAUGGAACUCAGUGGUAUUACGCCCGAUGAGAUCACAUUCACUACCAUAAUGCAAGGGUAUAUUGAAGAAGGGAACAUCGAGUCUGCACUUAAAAUGAAAAAGAGAAUGCUUGAGGCUGGAUGUUUACCAUCGAAUGUAACCGUUAAUGUUUUAGUCCAUGGUUUCUGCAGACAAGGAAGAGUUGAAGAAGCUCUUGGUUUGAUUCAAGAAGAAGCUGAGAAAGGAUUCAGUCCUGAUAAGUUUACUUUCAAUACCCUUGUCAAUGGAUUAUGUCGAUCUGGGUAUAUUGAUCAUGCUCUGGAGAUCUUAGAUGUGAUGAUUCGCGAAGGAUAUGAUCUCGAUGUUAUUACUUAUAACACCUUGAUAUCGGGAUUGUGUAAACGUGGUAAAAUUGAGGAAGCCAUGGAGAUUUUGAACCAAAUGGCGGAGAGAAAUUGUUUGCCGAAUAUGGUGACUUACAAUACACUUAUAAGUACAAUGUGUUCUGAAAAUAGGUUUGAGGAGGCAAUGGAGCUUGCUCGUGGCCUCACUCUCAAAGGCCUUCUUCCUGAUGUAUAUACAUUCAAUUCCCUAAUUAGUGGUUUGUGCAAGGCCGGAGAUCAUGAGAUUGCACUUGAGUUGUUUGAUGAGAUGAAAAAAAAUGGUUGCCCACCCGAUGAGUUCACGUACAACAUAUUGAUCGAUCACCUCUGCUUUGGUGGGAAGCUAGAAAAGGCGCUAGGGUUACUGAAGGAAAUGGAGGCAAAUGGAUGUGCACGAAGUGUAGUAACUUACAACACCCUCAUAGAUGGGCUAUGUAAGAACAUGAGAAUCGAGGAAGCUGAGGAAAUCUUCGAUCAAAUGGAAGUUCAAGGUGUUUCGAGGAAUUUGGUGACUUAUAACACGCUUAUCGAUGGUUUAUGCAAGAGAAAGAGAGUUGAUGAGGCUAAAGAGCUCAUGGACCAGAUGAUUGCAGAAGGAUUGAAACCCGAUAAGCUCACGUACAAUUCUUUGCUCACUUACUAUUGCAAAGAAGGGAAUAUUAAGAAAGCAGCAGAUAUAGUUCAAACAAUGACUACAAAUGGUUGCCAGCCUGAUAUGAUCACUUACGGAACCCUAAUCAGUGGACUAUGCAAAGGAGGAAGGACUCAAGUUGCUUGUAAACUAUUAAGGAGCAUCCAAAUGAAAGGAAUGAUUCCAGGGCCAAAAGCAUAUAACCCUGUGAUUCAAGCUCUAUUUAAGCAAAGGAAAACAAGAGAAGCGAUAAGGCUCUUCAGAGAGAUGGAGGAGAAAGGCGAAGCUCCUGACGCGAUCACAUACAAGAUAGUUUUUCGUGGGAUUUGCCGAGGAGGUGGGCCCAUCGGAGAGGCUGUUGAGUUUAUGGAGGAGAUGAUAGAGAGGGGGUUUUUGCCAGAGUUUUCCUCGUUCUCGAUGCUGGCUGAGGGUUUGUGGGCUUUGGCGAUGGAGGACGUUAUCGCCAAGGUGUUUGAUUUGGUGAUGGAGAAGGGGAAGUUUAGGGAGAGCGAGAUUGCGAUGGUGAGGGGGUUCCUUAAGAUUCGGAAAUUCGAAGAUGCUUUGGCUACUGUUGGCCGUGGUUUGAACAGUAGGUGGCCGGAAAAAGGGGUACCGAUGAGGAAUGAUGUAAGAGGCCGAGCAAUCCUUUAGUCACCGCGGUAAGAUUUGGAAGACGAAUUGAGCGCGAACGCAGAUUAUCGAAGGACGUCGGCGAAGACCGCGAUGAUGACCUUCAGUUGGGUUUUUGAACGGAACGAGGAGGGAGUCGAGUUGGUCGUUGUGUGAGGUUAAACGAGCUUGUUAUUCUUCUAUCCGAACAAGAAUGAAAACGCUCGCGAUGUGAUUUUAUUAUGACGUAUCUUUGGCUAGUGCUGAGCAUGAGCUAUGCGAACUAACCUUCGCAAUGUUAACAGCGUCAUUUUGUAAUUUGUUUUCGUUUUGAGGUGGGCGUAUCUUGCGUCUUCUGUUUC